AUGGCCGAUCCCAUGACCACCCAAACCUCCUUAGCUUUGCCUCCUUUCUCGACCCCUCCACCGAAAUGUGAGGUGUUCCUCAGUUUUAGAGGUUUCGACACUAGAAAAGGUUUUACUGACAAUUUGUACAAGGCCUUGAUUCAUUACGGAAUCCACACUUUCAUGGAUGCUGAACAACUCGAAAGUGGAGAACCCGUUUCAACGGAACUCUUCAAAGCAACUGAAGAAUCGCAAAUAUCAGUCAUCAUUCUUUCAACAAACUAUGCAACCUCCACAUGGUGUCUGAAUGAACUUGUCACUAUGGUUGAACUGGCGGAAAACGACGAGUCCAGAUUGAUUUUGCCUGUGUUCUAUGGCGUGACGCCAUCCGAAGCACGAAAACAGAUUGGAGUUCAUUUUGAAGAGGGGUUUGCUCAACAUAAAAAAGAUUUUGAAGGAGAGCCAGAAGAGGUGGCAAGGUGGAAGAAAUCUCUCACUGCAAUCGCCAACCUCUCAGGAUAUGAUAUAAGAAAUUACAGAAACGAUACAAUAGUGAUUGAAAAGAUAGUUGAACGUAUUUUUGGUGUUUUGAUUAACACAUUCUCAAAUGAUAUAAAGGACUUUGUUGGUAUGGAUCGUGUAAACCAAAUUAAAUCCAACAUGAGUUUAAGUAUACGGUCUGAGGAAGUUCGUGUAAUAGGGAUUUGUGGGAUGCCAGGGAUUGGUAAGAGCACCAUGGCAAAAGCUCUUUCUCAAAGAAUUCGCAAUCAAUUCGACGCUUUCAGUUUAAUUUCUAAGGUUGGAGAGAUCUCUAGAAAAGAAAGUUUAUUUCGUAUCAAAAAACAACUUUGUGAUCACUUGUUGAAUCAGCAAGUAACUACAAAGAAUGUCGAUGAUGUGAUAUGUAAGAGAUUGUGCAACAAACGGGUGCUUAUAAUUCUGGACAACGUGGAUGAAUUAGAACAAAUAGAAGCUGUAGCUGGAAAUGAUGGUGCAGAAUUAUCUAGUCGGUUUGGUAAGGGUAGUAGAAUCAUCAUAACCACAGCAUAUGAAAGGUUGUUGAUAAAUUAUAAUCCAAAAAUAUACACAAUUGAGAAACUUACUCAAGAUGAAUCUCUGCUUCUCUUCUGCCGGAAAGCAUUCAAAAAAGACCAUCCUAUGGAUGGUUAUGAGAAGUUGUGUUACGAAUUUCUGGAUUACGUUGAUGGUCUUCCUCUGGCUCUUGAAGUUUUCGGUAACUCCUUAAUGAACAGAAGUGUAGAAGAUUGGUCUAGUACAUUGGCUUCUUUAAAAGAUGAUAACUACUCUGGUAAGAACAAAAUUGUUAAUUAUCUUAAAGCAAGUUUUGAUGGAUUAGAGAAUCAAGAACAGCGGGAAAUAUUUUUGGACAUUGCGUGUUUCUUCAAAGGCGAGGAUGCAUGCCGUGUAGAAAAGAUAUUUGAAAGUUGUGGCUACUAUCCAGGCAUCAAUAUAAACAUCCUUCGUGAAAAAUAUUUAGUGAGUAUCGUUGGAGGAAAAUUGUGGAUGCACAAUUUACUACAACAAAUGGGCAGAGAAGUUGUUCGUGGAGAAUCCAAAAAGGAAGGAGAACGCAGCAGAUUGUGGCUUCAUACAGAUGCCAUUCAUGUACUGAAGGGAAAUAAGGGGACAGAUGCUGUUCAAGGUAUUUUCCUAAGCUUGCCUCAUCCAGACAAAGUAUACUUGAAGAAAGACCCAUUCUCAAACAUGGACAAUCUAAGAUUGUUGAAGAUUUACAAUGUGGAAUUUUCUGGAUGCCUUGAAUAUCUUUCAGAUGAGUUGAGCUUCUUGGAAUGGCACAAAUAUCCUUUAAAAUCUCUGCCUUCAAAUUUUGAACCCGAUAAACUUGUUGAACUGAACUUGUCUGAAAGCGAAAUAGAGCAAUUAUGGGAGGAAAUUGAGAGGCCUUUGGAAAAGUUGUUGAUACUCAACCUAAGUAAUUGUCAAAAGUUGAUCAAGACCCCUGACUUCGACAAAGUCCUGAACCUUGAGCAGCUAAUCCUUAAAGGUUGUACAAGCUUGUCUGAGGUUCCUGACAUUAUCAACUUAAGAUCUCUCACAAAUUUCAUUCUUUCGGGAUGUUCCAAACUUGAAAAGCUUCCAGAGAUUGGUGAAGACAUGAAACACUUAAGGAAACUUCAUUUAGAUGGGACAGCAAUAGAAGAGCUACCAACAUCAAUCAAGCAUUUGAGUGGCCUUACUCUGCUCAAUCUCAGAGACUGCAAGAAUCUUCUGAGCCUGCCAGACGUCCUUUGUGCUACUUUGACAUCACUUCAAGUUCUCAACCUGUCAGGGUGUUUGAAUAUCAACAAGCUGCCAGAGAACUUAGGGAGUUUAGAAUGUUUACAGGAGCUUGAUGCAAGCGGGACAGCUAUACAAGAGCUACCAGCAUCAAUCAAGCAUUUAACCGGCCUUACCCUCUCUAAGCUGAAAGACUGCAAGAACCUUUUGUGUCUUCCAGACGUCAUUUGCACUGCUUUGACAUCACUUCAAAUUCUCAACGUCUCAGGGUGUUCAAAUCUUAACGAGUUACCCAAGAACCUGGGGAGUUUAGAAUGUUUACAGGUGCUUGAUGCCAGUGGCACUGCUAUAAGCCUUGUACCUGAAAGCAUCUCUCAACUUUGUCAGCUUGAAGAACUUGCAUUGAAUGAUUGUAGCAAGCUUCAAUCAUUGCCACAGCUUCCAUUUAGUAUAAGAGCCGUAAGUGUACAUAAUUGUCCUCUGCUGCCCGAAGCACAUUCAAAUAAAACAACGGUGUGGCCUUCAGCUGCUGCCGGAUUUGGUUUUCUAAAUCCCCAAAGAAAUGAAGACAAAGCUCAGGCGUUUUUGUUACCUGAUAAACAUCUUUUGAGACCAUUCUAUCAAACAUUCUUUGAGGGUGCCAUUCAGCGCGGUGAAAGGUUUGAAUAUGGUUAUCGAUCAAAUGAAAUCCCAGCAUGGUUGAGCCGUCAGAGUACUGAAUCCACAGUAACAAUCCCUCUACCUCUUGAUUUAGACGGUAAGAGUAAAUGGAUCAAACUUGCUCUGUGCUUUGUUUGUGAAGCAGCUCAGAAGCAUGAUAGUUUGGAAGAUGUACCAGAAUUUGAUGAGGAACUGGGAGCAAACUUCACUCGCAAUCACCGUAUUGAACUCUAUACAACUGAAGAUCAUCAUGAAUGUCCCCAAGUAAUUAUUUACCGCAACUGCAAUUUAGCUGGACCAUUUAUGCAUUGGUGCUUUAUACCACGAAUUGACCUUACGGAAAAUUCGAAUAGACGCUUGAUCCGAGCUUCAAUUACACCUGACAGCCCAGGAACAAAAGUGACAGGGUGUGGGGUGAGCCUAAUAUACUUGGAAGAUGUCCCCAAAUUUGUCCAGAAAUUGAAUAAACACUAUCUUGGCUAUCAGCAUGAACAAGAAGAAGAUGGUAUGAGAAGUAUUCAGUCGACAAGCGGGGUUCAAACUCAACAAGAAGUACAAGAACAAGAAACUACUACUUCAACCAGGAUUGUAGGUCAAUUGAGAAGAAACGUGGUGUCAUUGCUUGAAAAACUAUUUGAGGGAUUACAGCAGGGCCUUCCGCAUCUCUAUGAUUAUGGUUUUAUUUUUCCUCGACGUGAAAGAUUACAGUGGUUUAGUGAACAAAGCAGCACGUCUGCAUGCACAGUAAACUUAGCUCUUCCUCAAAAUCUGCAUAACGAUGAGAAAUGGGCAGGACUUUCUCUAUAUGUUGUCUGCAGUCUGCCCCCAGGUGCUUCACUUACUACUCGCACUUUCUACGAGUGUCAUUUGUAUACCCCUAUUGAAGCUGUGGGCCAUAACCAACUGAUGCAUCGCCUAAUCGUAUCUUCUCCCUUGGAUGACAAUGAGGGGUCACAUCGGCUCCUCAUUGUUCAUAUCCCACGCGUACGCUUUCCAGAACAUUUGAACCGGUGCCAUUUCAUUCAGGCUUUAUUUGGAUGUAGAACACCAGGUGUGGAGGUUGAACUAUGCGGGAUGCGUCUCGUGUACAAGGAAGAUUUGAAAGGGUUGAUCGAAACAAUUACCCGUUGCAUCAAUGAUCGGCCUGCUUACUACGGAACUGGUGAUUUUACCGAUACCAAGAAAUAUAAGGGAAUUAGUUUGGGAGCUACAAGUUUGCUAACGAAUCUGCUAGAAGCAGCCAAAUCCAGCGAGCACAGCUCUGUAACCGAAGUUUGUCCUCCUUUCAUGCCCCGACCAGAAUAGAAUCUGCUCCUGGUGAAAGUUUAAUUCGAGUUUAUAGGAGAAGAACUGUAUAUGUU